AAAUAAAUAUAAAAAAUAUUUAUUCUAUUCCUCAUAAACAAAACCCUUACGUCUCUUGUACCCACGAAGUUUGAUUUUUGCAUCUCUCUCUGAACUCUUCUCAUCGAUCAACAAUGUCAACCCAAGUGAACUGCUCUCACUCCAACAACCUUUCCAACAACGCUUCUCUUCUAACUAGCAAAAAGAAGAACAUAUCAAUUGAAAGAGGAGAACAAUUGUUGAAAUCAUUGAUCAUAAAGAAGACUCAAAGUCAUGAAAAUGUUACAGAAAGCAAAGUAUUUCAAGAUUCCAAGAAGAAAGCUUCAAUUUCUGCUGAAAAUCAAGAUGGAAAGGAAAACAAAUGCAAACCAGUUACAAAUUCUAAGAAAUGUUCGUGUUCACCAACAACUCAUGAAGGUUCAUUCAGGUGCAGGCUUCACCGCAUUAGUGCAACAAAGAAAUCAGCAACUGAGAAAUCAAGCAAUGCAAUAUGUUCCAAAUUUGCUUCUGCUGAAUUUAAGCCUCAGUUGUCAAGGUUUGGUAGAGUUGCUUCUGCUGAAUUUGGAUCACAUGCAUGAUAGCUCAACUAAAUGUCUAAGCUGGAAUCUUCUUAAGAAAUUUGUAUAUUUGGAUUUUCAAGUUGUGGAGACUUUAUUUUUGGAUCAACAACAAAUAUGUAAAUAGUUAAUGCUGGUAGCUUUUUAGAGUCUCCUUAUAAUUUUAACUCUUGCUGUUUCUGUGAAUAGGUUUGGUUUGAAGUGAAGUUGUGCUAAAGUAUAGUAUAUAUGGAUUUCGAUGAUUUAUAUUUACAUCUAUUUCUGAUU